AACACACAGGCCGCGGGAGCUUCACAAGGGAGCCCACGAGGGUGUUCCUAAGAAUGGAAUCACUGUUUCCUUGCCAGAUUCCUUAUUACUGUGUCUCAUGAACCUGCGUAAUCUUGGGGAAGAGCCUUUGCUUAAUGAAUGACAAGCCUGUCACCAGUGGAGUGACAACAGUGAGCGAGCAAAGACAAAAGUGAAGAAGUUGCUUCCAUUCAUAUUGGACAAGGAAGAGCUUUCAGUCAGUAACUGCUGCGGUGUCUGUCCACGAUGAACCGAUACACAACCAUGAGACAGCUGGGAGAUGGCACCUAUGGGAGUGUGCUCAUGGGCAAGAGUAACGAGUCUGGGGAGCUGGUGGCCAUCAAAAGGAUGAAGAGAAAGUUCUAUUCUUGGGAUGAAUGUAUGAACUUGAGAGAAGUUAAGUCUCUGAAGAAACUUAAUCAUGCCAAUGUGAUUAAACUUAAAGAAGUUAUCAGAGAAAAUGACCAUCUUUAUUUUAUAUUUGAAUAUAUGAAAGAAAAUCUCUAUCAGUUAAUGAGAGACAGAAACAAAUUGUUCCCUGAGUCAGUCAUCAGGAAUAUUAUGUAUCAGAUAUUACAAGGGCUGGCAUUUAUCCAUAAACAUGGCUUUUUUCACAGAGACAUGAAACCUGAAAACUUACUUUGUAUGGGUCCAGAACUUGUGAAAAUUGCUGAUUUUGGACUUGCAAGAGAACUGAGGUCACAGCCACCAUACACUGAUUAUGUAUCCACCAGAUGGUACCGGGCUCCUGAAGUUUUAUUAAGGUCUUCAGUGUACAGCUCUCCCAUUGAUGUGUGGGCUGUUGGGAGUAUAAUGGCUGAACUCUACACAUUGAGACCACUUUUCCCAGGGACAAGCCAGGUUGAUGAAAUCUUUAAAAUUUGCCAAGUUUUAGGGACUCCCAAAAAAAGUGACUGGCCAGAAGGAUACCAGCUUGCAUCCUCUAUGAAUUUCCGCUUCCCCCAGUGUGUUCCUAUAAACUUGAAGACGCUUAUUCCCAAUGCCAGCAAUGAAGCUAUUCAGCUCAUGACCAAAAUGUUGAAUUGGGAUCCAAAGAAGCGACCGACAGCAAGCCAGGCAUUGAAACACCCGUAUUUUCAAGUUGGUCAGGUGCUAGGCCCUUCCGCACACCACCUGGAAGCAAAACAGCCCUUCAGUAAGCCGUCGGAAUCGAAGCUGUCUGCGGCUGAAGUCGAGCCCACGCCUCUGCCAGACAUCACUGAUCAGACUGUCGGGCAGCCGCAGCUGAAACAGAGCCACCAACCCCUGCAGUGCCUUCAGCCGCCACAGAACCUGGGUGUCCAGCCACCUCCAAAGCAACCCGUCCCGCAGAAGCCGCCGCCAGCCCUGUUCCCAAGUAUCAUCAAAAACGCGCCCCCAAAGCCACACGGCACACUGGCUCAUAAAAGUGCCAGGAGGCAUUGGGGUCAGACGGUCUUCAAGUCUGGAGACGGCUGGGAAGAGCCUGAGGACUGUGACUUCGGAGGCUCCCAUUCCAAGAAGCCAAGCAUGGGUGUUUUCAAAGAAAAGAGGAAAAAAGAUUCCCCUCUUCGGCUUCCAGAACCCUUGCCUUCGGGCUCCAACCACUCGGCGGGGGAAAACAAGAGCCCACCUGCCGCGGUGGCCCUAAAGUCGGAUUCGGAGCUGUCGACUGCUUCAACAGCUAAGCAGUACUAUUUGAGACAAUCGAGAUACCUUCCAGGUGUAAACCCCAAGAAUGUGUCCUUUGUAGCCCGUGGGAAGGAUCUGAACUCGUACCCUUGGAGUAAUCAGCUAUUUCCGAAGUCUUUGGGACCUAUUGGUGCAGAAUUUGCUUUCAAAAGGAGUAACGCAGAAGAAAGCAUAAUUAAACCAAUUGAAAAACUCUCAUGCAAUGAAAGCUUGCCUGAAAAAUUAGAGGACCCUCCAGGAAAUCUUGGAAGUUGCGCUCCUUACAAUCAGUCAGGAUGUAUUCCUUCCUUUCUCAAAAAAGAAGUGGGGUCAGCUGGCCAGAGGAUCCACCUGGCACCUCUCGGGGCAGCGGCUUCAGAAUACACCUGGAACACAAGAGCUGGUCGGGGGCAGUUUUCAGGAACUACUUACAAACCUACAGCGAAAAACCUAAACCUCAUGAACCGAGCACAGCCAGUUCCCUCCGUGCACGGGAGGACAGACUGGGUGGCCAAGUACGGAGGCCACCGGUAG